AUGUCACAGAAACCACUAUUUCAACUAAGGAAGGAAUUGGACGAUUCUGGCGAUGUCACUAGCGAUGCCAACGUGACCCAGUCUUUCGCAGAACAGUUUGAAAGUACCAGCAAUGUGGAGCCAUCUGUAACCACUAAUUUCACGAAUAAGCUUGUUCUUACUGAAAAUGCGAAAUACACAGUUGCAAAACUCCCCGCAGAAAUACCACGCCAACUGGAAAGUGAAUCUAUUGAUGGAUAUGUGGAUACGCUCUCUCAGAACGCAAUUGUCAAUGAUAGUGAUACCUUGUACAUGUGGGAAUUUGCAACAACACAGUUAAAUCCAAUGGUAACCCGCGUUCCUCUUCAUGAAGACCACAUUUCGCUCAGUUGUGUUCCCAAAAUUAUAGUUACGUGGCCUGCCGCUUUAGACGAUGAUCUAAAUAGUGGAAUGGCUGGCGUAGCUGCCGGAGCUGGUACUGCUGGCUCUACGAUAGCUAACAACUGUGGAAUUUGUAUCGUAAAUCGGAAAUCUGGGCUGAUUCAGUUUUACGAAGACGUCGAUAGUAUCAAUAACCUUUCAUCACGAAUUUCCAGAACGAAGUGCCACGAGCUAACUUUAAGCCUUAAAGACACCGAGUUUGUCAUGGAUGUUGUCAACGCAGAACCUGCGGGCAUUCUCAUUUCAACUACCCGGGGUAGGCUUUUUUUUGUGACCAUUCGAGAUUUCAUGGGCAAGCCACAUCUCAACCUCAAACUCCAAAUGAUCAAAUCACAUUUGGCACUUUUCUUCUCUUCUCAAAAGCUAAAGAAAAUUGUGUCCUUAAAGCCGGGACCAAUCCUGGGCAAAGGUGAGCGGUUAGUUUCGGUUUUGACUAGCGGCGGCGAUUUUCAAAUAUGGAAUCUAUCGGCUGUGGCUAACUGCUACAAGCGUGCCGAGUUCAAUGUCUAUGACCAAAUUCUGGAGUCGCUCAAGGAUCUAUACCCCUGCGCUUACAAUUCACUGAUGCUUCUAGAUUCUCAUCCACUAAGCGAUGAUAACUCGGCUCAUAUGAUACUCUCUUCAAUUACUGACUAUGACGGUGCUUCUUACUACAUUUUAACAACCAUAAAGCUAGACGAACAAACCAAUGGGUUCAUAAUAUUCUCCACUUAUAGGUUAAACACUUAUACAUCGGCCUCGCAAGAAUCAAAUCCACCAAGAUUAUUGGUACCAAUGGGUGCUGAACAAGAUACGACCGCCAUAACUUCAGUUUACACCGUCUUCCAUAAUGCUGUGGUGCUUACUCAAGUUAGUGCAAAGCUUGACCAAACAUACUCGUUGAGACGAAAAUGGGAGGAUAUCAUAAGUUUCCGCGAGGAUGCUGAGAUUUUCGGUCAGGGUAUGGACUCUCGCUCCAUAUACUUGAUGAGCAGAAAAAUGGGCGUUUUAAUGAUAACCGCAUCUCUGGCUGUGAAAUCUAAUGAUUUGCAAGAAACAAGAUUCAUUAAGUCACACAUUGACCAAGCAGUAUAUUUUUCGAACCUACCAUGUACACCCAUAGAUUUCAAUCUCCCCCUCAACAUUUCAUUGGAAAGGGAAGAAAUUGAAGAGGAUCUACUGGCUUCUGGUGAGGAAAUUCUGCUGUCUAAAUCCAUUUACAUUCCACCAAAUUUGAAAUCGGUCGAAAGACACUUAAGUUUGCGCGUGGAGCUUUUCAAAAAGCUUCUCAACUUUACGAAAUUUAACUUUCUCCAUAAGAUAUCGCCCGCAGUCAAAAUACAAUUAAUCGAAUCUCUUGAAGUUCUGAACACUGCGUUGGGGCUGUUGACUUAUAUCAGGAACUCUCAACCUUUGAGUGAAUGCUGGCAGCAUGUCAUGCAAUCCAAUAAGCUGGAUGAAGAUACUUUCUUGAAGCACGACCUUGAUCGUUUCCCCAAAGUUUUCUCUCAAUUCUUGGAAGAGGUACAUGCUUCACUAAUCCCAUCGUCCACUUCGAAUCUUUGGUCGCUGUGCGCUGAACUCGUUAUUUCAUGUCUUUUCAAGUGCACUUUGGAGGAUGGUGAAGAAUUCUACAGAUUUGAUAUGUUUCAAAUGGACAAAAAUGAGCUUGGUGCAUUUGCGCCAUGGUAUGUUCAAAAUCAGUUUCCUGCACUCGUCAGCCAGCUUUUCGCGGGACUUUGCAAUUAUGCCAAUCUAUCGAAGGACAAAGUUCAACACUCAGAGCAGCUUCUUUCACUGGCCAAAAUUCUGUAUUACUUUUGCAACCAGGCAUCAUUGUGGUUUUUAGAAAAUCCAUCUCGUACUGCCUCAAAGGAAUUUGAAGAAAUAUCCAAGCUUUACAGGGAAAACAGAUCGUUUUGGAAUCAGACUCUAUGCGCUUUUGAUAAAAAACUAGAUUCCUUAGAGAUCAGCGAGUUUUACGAAGACCUGCCGUCACUUGCGGAAACCUUGAGCACUCUACCCACUGAAACCUCUGAGGAUCUCUACAUGCAGUACUUUGAAAAAUUUGGGUACAGCUUCGCGGUAGAGGUUUUUAGCAAUUUUAUCGCUCAUGGUAAACUCCAGGAUCUAUACGAAAGAUUCCCCAAGCAACACGAACUGCUGAGGCACUUUUUUGAUCAAAAUCCUCAGUUUGGGGAAGUCGGGUGGAUGUGCAAAGUUUUUGACGAACGAUACGACGAUGCGUCAGCUAUCCUUGUUGAGAUAACUACUAAACAGACCAACAGCUCUAAUGAGUUGGGUGUGGACCAAACAAGGUUGAGUAUCGCCAAAUUGUGCAUUUUGGCCGACAAGAAUGCCACGGACUUUGACCGACUAACAACCAUUCAGGCCGAACUGGAUGUUAUUGAUGGACAAAAGGAUUUGAGAGCAAUGAUAGAAGAUGGAGCAAAGCAAAAUAGGAAGCAAGAAUCCUCACAUGCCCUCCAAAAACUAUUUGGGGUACUUAAUGAAAAAAUAGCUCUUUCGCAAAGAUUGGAGCUCUCCGAGGUGGUUGAAAUGUAUACCCUUUUGGAGAGUAAAGAUUGCUUCUACAAAGCGGCUAAGAUUGUGUCUUUGAAUAAAUCUUGCUUAGGCUUCGAAAACUAUAAAUUUUUGAAUGCUAUGAUCUGGAGAAGGUGCGUACUAUUUGACGAUUGGACAGCACACGUUGAAGAGACAGACACGGCUUUAUUUCACUCUUUGAGAAGAUGUUUUGAUGAUAAAUUGUUCGAGAAAGGAUCCACGAUUCCUGACCUGCCGCUCAUUAUGGAUCAGACUCUCGUGACAUCUGAGUAUUUCGAAGCGGAGUACAAGUCUCUGGAUGUUGAUAUUAACGGUUUAUUGAAUCAAGCACGGCUAGAACAAGCUGAGGUCAAAUCGCUUGACGCUAGUUUUGAGACCACGAUGAAGUCGAUUAUAGCAUCGAGCAACGACUGCAGUACUCACAAAUGUGUCAUAAACUAUGAAACGGGUCAAGUCGAGGAGGCAGGAAGGUAA